AUGAUACGCACACCAUUUGGGGUGCUCUCUUCUCUUGCAGGGUGUGCCCUGGCCUUUGCUCUUCCUCGGCAGCAGGACGAGUUCCGCGGCGCGCCCGAGCUCCCCGUCCCGACGCGUCCUCUCGAUUGGGGCGAUGUCAACUUCCUCAGCACCUCUGAUACGCAUGGCUGGCUUCGGGGGCACCAGCACAACACAUGGCCUGAGCCAAACUAUUCCGGCGACUUUGGCUCAUUUGCGAGUUUCGCGAGCCACAUGCGUGCCAAAGCGGACGCUGAUGGCGUCGAUCUUCUUCUCGUCGACGCCGGCGAUCAUCAUGACGGCUCGGGGCUCGUCUCGUCCUCACCCGAGGCUGCCGGCUUGACGGACGAUAUCUUCGGAAUGCUUCCUUAUGACGUCCUUGCGCUCGGCAACCACGAGCUGUACAAGUACGAGGCGGCGCGGUGGAUUUAUGAUCGCCGCGAGCGGUGGUGGGUUAUACGCGCGGGCGCUUCUGAUAGCAGGAACGGUCGGUUCCUCACCUCCAACACUAACAUUACCGUCGAAGAGGACGGAAAGGUGCUCGAUGUGCCCAUCGCAGACCGCUUCGCCAAGUUCAAGACCAAGCAGGGGCGCAAGGUGACCGCGUUCGGCGUGAUCUUCAAGUUCAAGGCCCAUGACCGCAACAUCACCGUGCAGGCGCCGUCAAAGAUGGCCAAGGAAGCAUGGUUCCUCGACGCGAUCCGUGACGCUCCCGACUACUUUGUGCUUGUCGGUCACAUGCCUGCGCGCGGCGAGACGUCCGAGUGGCUGCCACUCUAUGACGCCAUCCGCGAACAGCACCCUCUCGUGCCCAUCUUCAUCUUUGGCGGACACACCCACGUGCGCGACUGCGUGCAGUAUGACGGAAGGACUAUUGCUGUUGUUCCUGGACGUUAUCUCGAGACGAUCGCUUUCACCUCGUCCACUCUUCCCCCAGCCGAAGACGAUGGCAAGGCUCUUCGUAUGAACCGGCGGUACAUUGACGCCAACGAGGUGUCGUACAGAUGGCACACCGGAACAACGGAGCGCUCCUUCAACACCGCCCUGGGCCUCAACAUCAGCGAAGCUCUGUUCACACUUGCCAGCGACCUCAAGCUUUCGCGUGUUUACGGCGACGUGCCGCAUGACUACUUCCUCACUCGCCAUCCAUAUGGCCACCCACGCUCCAUCAUCACCGUUUUCGAGCGUCAAAUCCUUCCCGAGGCGCUUGAAGACGAGAAGCGCCGCGACUACCCGCGCAUCGUCAUCGGAAACGCAGGCAGCCUGCGAUUCGACGUUUUCAAGGGCACGUUCGACAAGAACGACGAGCUGACGGUGUCUCCAUUCACCACUUCGUUCUUCUACACGCGUCUCAAGCUGGGCGUCGGCAAGGCGAUCGCGAACGAGAUGAAUCGUGCCGGCGCGUCCAAACUGCAGCCCAUGAGCGCCCAGGAGGAGGACGAGGCGCACGUUCAGCGCGUGUACAACGAGUGGCUCGCUGCACAGUGGAACACUUACCUGGAGAACGGAGGAGAUGAGGCCGAUGUCUACGAGGAGAGCGAUCAAACGCCACUUGGUCGUCCAGUGCCCCGCAAGCCCAAGACCCUGGGUUAUGUCACUCACGACGCAUGCCCUGGUAGAGGCGACGACAUUGAGCACAUUCCUGUGCCGUUCUCGCCAAACCAAGUCGACUUUAUCUGCACGCCCUUGAGCGGUGUCUCUGACAACGAGGAGGUGGACGUCGUCGUCAUGGACUUCGCGAUGGACGACUUCCUCGUUGCUGCACGCUCGCUCCGCCCCGACCUGCGGCUCAAUUGGAACGACUUCAAGCCGUAUGCCGAAGGCACACUCAUCAACGCUAUUUUCAGCAAGUACGCCAAGAUCGCGUGGUAGACACGAAGACACGACGAAGAGGAUGAGCCGCGGAAUGCCUCCAUAUUCACAGGGGAUAGCCACACUAGUCUUCUUUUCCCACUUACGCUAACGAUGCAUGUGUCACAUACGAUGG